UAACACAGAUUCAUUGCGAUGCGCUCUUGUUAUUUCAGCCGCUCCGCUAUGAAUGAACGGUUGCGCUAUAGGGUGUGUUAACAAAUAUCGAGAGAGUUGACGAGUCGUUUUAGAAAGAGCCGAAUAAAUGAUUCGAUUCAGCAUGAUUAAAAACUAGCUAUUUAAAUAGUGACUUGAACGUUAAAGGUUUAAGACAUUCAUACACAUUUAAUCAUGUCAAGAACGAGGCAAACACAGAAAAAUGACGAAGAGUUCACCUUAGUGAGACCAGUGGUGAAAUAUUUCCUUUUCUUCUUCAACAUGAUAUUCUGGAUAAUUGCUCUGGUCCUGAUAUCUAUUGGCAUUUAUUCCAGGAUAGUAAAACAUGAGACAGCCCUGGCCUGUUUGACUGUGGAUCCUGCUCUGUUACUGAUGAUAGUGGGGGUUCUGAUGUUUUUCAUCACGUUCUGUGGCUGUGUGGGUUCUCUCAGGGAGAACAUCUGUUUACUGCAGACGUUCUGCAUCUUCUUGACUAUAAUCUUUCUGCUGCAGCUAGUGGCUGGUGUUCUGGGUUUUGUCUUUUCAGACAAGGCACUUGGCAAAGUAACAGAAAUGUUUAACAGUGCAAUCAAACAUUACAGAGAUGAUCUAGACCUGCAGAACCUCAUUGACUUUGGACAAACACAGUUCAACUGUUGUGGUGGGAUUUCAUACAUGGACUGGUCUCAGAACAUGUACUUCAAUUGUUCUAAGGAGAACCCUAGUAGAGAGCGCUGCACUGUUCCCUUCUCCUGCUGUUUGCUCUCCAAAGAAGAGGCUGUUAUAAAUACCAUGUGUGGUCAAGGGAUGCAGGAGUUGGAAUACCUUGCAGCCAGUGCUUUCAUCCAUACCGAUGGGUGCAUUGAUAAAGUGGUCAACUGGAUUCACAGUAACCUGUUUCUGUUGGGAGGCAUUGCUCUGGGCCUGGCCAUCCCACAGCUGGCUGGAAUACUGCUCUCUCAAAUUCUGAUUAAUCAAAUCCAGGAUCAGAUUAAAUUACAGAAUUACAAUCUACAGCAUCAUUCAGACCCCUGGAGCUGAAUACACUGUACUGUGGUUUCUGUCUCUGAAACAGUGCAGAAUGGAACUCUGUAUGCAUCUUUGUAGACAUUCAGCUGAACUGAACUGUGAUUGAUUGUGAUCAGCUUGGGAACAUCUUGCUGCCUGAAGUGACUGACACGGAUCAGAUUUUUAAAUAAGGAGAAAAAGGCUUAAGAACAGGCAAUCAAGUCAUGUUUUGGGAUGUGCAAUUGAGGCCAUCUCAACAAGAGAUGUACUAUAUUUUAUGAACCACAGUGUUUGUAUGAAAUGUGUGAGACACUUUUAAUAUCAUUAGGCCAAUGAAACUAUUUUGGGGGUAUUUUAUGAGCACAUAAUUUAAAUUUUAAAGAAAUGUAAUCCUAAAUAAAAAUUCGGCCUAAAACUAUGAUUUUUCAAACUAAAAUAAAUUGAUUUCCAGUAUAGACAUUUUUAAAAAUGAACUUUGUGCUGGUAGAUAUAGUAUGAACAUCUGACAUCAAAAUAGACAGAGCAGUAUGUUCAUUCACCAGUUCAAUCAAUUAUCUUAAAACAUUCACUUUCACAAAACUGUCUUGUCUUACAUUGCAUCUGUGUUUUCUAAAGAACUGUUUCUUAAUUUUCAUUAUUUUACACUUUUAAAGUGCCGUACUAAACUGUCUUUAUUAAACAAAAACAAUACAUUUAAAGGGUACUGAUUGGUUUAAUAAUAUAAAAGCACUCACUGGUGGUCUACUCACUCCAUGGCAUUUGGCUGUGAUCUUCCCAUUAUCAGUCUCCCCAUAAACAACAUCUGGCAGUGACAAAUAACCUACUGCUUAUAGUCUGCGCAAACACAACAUGCUUGGUUUGAACAGAACAUAAAGUGUUUACUUUUCAUACUCUGAUAGUGGUGAGCAUCUUCCUCUCGUUUGGAGUAAAAAAAAUAAAAAAUAAAAAUAAAAAAACAAUCUAUACGUUGUUUCAGUAGCCUUUGGAGGAACCAGACUCUGGCAUUAUAAUAAU